AUGAAGUCCUUGCGCCUUAGCUGGCGACCUUCCAAACGCGUCGAACGACUACCUAUCGCCAACGACUCAGAACCCCCACAUCCGUGUCUCCCCUGCGAAAUUUGGCGCAAAAUAAUCGCAUACGUCGUGCGGCUAGCAGGAGCUGAUACAAUCGACCUUGAAGACCCAUUUGCGCCACCAUCUCUCAACGAAGAGUACCCAGAGGUUGACCCCGGAUUAUUCGUCGACCGCAGAAGCAUUUCUCUCGUGUGUGCCGCGUGGCGAGCUGUUGUCACUGAAAUAUCGGCAGAGUAUCUGGUGAUAUACUCCGUCAGCCAGCUCAAAAGCCUGGUCAAGCAAUUCCAGUCAGAGUUCUACAAGAGAAAAUUCUCAAGGAAACGCGUCGGCGAGCGCACUCUCCGCAUUGAUUUCAAGAUUCUCAAGCCGUACAAGCCGAUGUUAGCCGUUCGUUUAUUCAGGUGCUGCCCUAAUCUGCUCGUCUACACCAAUAAAAACGGUCCGCCGAAUCAACCAGCUAGGUGCACCCCCAUGGAAGUCAUCAAAGGCCUGGUAGCCUUCUGUUCCAAAACUCUUCAACGCGUCGAAUGGGCAGGCCCCGGCGAACCUCCUCGCUAUCAAGACCUCGUUCUCUUAUGCAAUAAUCUCCCCAAUCUAAGAACACUACGCCUAGUAUCAGUCUACACUUUCCCCUUUCCCGACUCUAUCCACGCCCCUCCUUUAUUAGUCCUUCCUCACGUCAAGACCCUCUCUCUCGGAGUCAUACCAGAACCAAACGAACUCAGGCCAGAAUAUGCAGUCACAUGGGACCCUUUCCUUCGCUACAUGUCCACGCACAAGUCCCAACUACCUUCUCUGGAACGCCUUGAAUGUGACAUAUUCCCGACGCUAACCAUGUCAUUUUUCCUCAUGCAUGGCCAUAAGAUCAAGACUUUCCGUACGACAACCUGGUCUGCGGAGACUUCACUGCCCGAGGCGGUUGCCGCCUGUCCCAAUCUUCAUAGUCUUGUCAUCCUGCACGGUAGCGAGGCGAUGGAUUUUCCUAUCUUUCAUCCCACUUUGAAGAAGAUAUGUAUCCUUCCAACCAUCGACGUCGCUGUCGAGGUGCCGCAACGUGUCUUCAAGUACGCAGUCAUGGCGCCGUUAGAUUAUCUGCUGAAGACUAUCGAAAGGAUUGAAGCUCCGCACCUCGUAGAGCUGCGUGUAAGGAACUCGGGUGCUUUUUCGAAGAUUGUGGACCAGACGGCGUGGCUCAGUUUUUGGAGGGCGAAAUGGGGUGCGAGAGGAGUUCAAUUUCGUGACAUGAGUGGAACGUUGUACGGAAAUGCUCAGGAUUCACUCUCAGUUGGCGAAGACCCUCUUGAUUCCAUCGAGGGUUAA